UUUAUGCCAUGCUAUUUUUAAUCUUCUUGCUUGACUAGUGUGGAAGUCAUUUGUGAUGUUCGCCAAUACAGGCAUACCUUGUGUUAUUGCUCUUCACUUUACCGUGCUUCACAAAUAUUGCAUUUUUAACGAAUAGAAAGUUUGUAGCAAUCCUGCAUCAUGCAAGUCUAUUGGCGCCAUUUUUCCAACAGCAUGUGCUCCCUUGUGUCCACAUCAGCAUUUUUUAGCAAUGAAGUAUUUUUAAUUAAGUUAUGCACCUUGUUUUCUUAGACAUAAUACUAUUGCACACUUAGUAGACCACAAUAUAGUGUAAACAUAAGUUUUCUAUGCGCCGAGAAACCAAGACGUUUGUGUGUCUUGCCUCAUUGUGAUAUUUGCUUCAUUUUGGUGGUCAGAAACCGAACCCACAAUCUCUCUGACAUAUGCCUAUAUUUCUUUGGGGAAAUACAGGAAGAAGUUAGGCAUGGCCAUGUGACUUGUUUUGGCUAAUGAAAUGUGAGCAGAAGCAAAGUGUUUCACUUCCACUUUAAGAACCAGUAGGUGAUUCACCAAGUUCCCUUUCUGCUACCAUGGCAACAGGCAACAUACUAGAUAAUAGAAGUUCCACCAGCUGAGGACUACGAGGAGACUGAGGACGAUGUGGAGCAGAGCCCCAGCUGACUCAUAAAGGACAUGUAGCAAGAGUAAAAAAUAAACCUUCACGGUUGUAAGCCACUGAGACUUGGGGGUUGUUUGUUGCUACACCAUCACCUAGCCUGUCCCCACCAGGUUUAUAACAAAGCUCAGAAAAUACUAAAGGUUAAAGGAGAACUGAGAGCUGCCAAGGAAAUGAAAGAUGAGGCGGGGGAGAGAGACAGAGAAGUGAGCAACCUGAACAGCAAGCUGUUAAGCCUGCAAGUUGACAUCAAGAAUCUGCACGAUGUCUGCAAGAGACAGAGGAAGACCUUGCAGGACAAUCAGCUCUGCAUGGAGGAGGCAAUGAACAGCAGCCACAACAAGAAGCAAGCACAGGCAUUAGCAUUCGAGGAGUCAGAGAUGGAAUUUGGGUCCAGUAAACAGUGUCAUCUGAGGCAACUCCAGCAACUGAAGAAAAAAUUGCUGGCCCUUCAACAAGAACUGGAGUUUCGCACAGAGGAGUUGCAGACUUCUUACUGUUCUCUCCGCCAGUAUCAGUCCAUCCUAGAAAAGCAGACUUCUGACCUGGUUCUUCUGCACCAUCACUGCAAACUGAAAGAAGAUGAGGUGAUUCUCUAUGAGGAGGAAAUGGGAAAUCACAACGAGAACACAGGGGAGAAGCUCCAUUUGGCACAGGAGCAACUCGCCUUGGCCGGGGACAAGAUCGCCUCCCUAGAGAGGAGCUUAAGCCUCUACAGGGAUAAAUACCAGUCUUCCCUGAGCAACAUCGAGUUACUAGAAUACCAAGUGAAGAUGUUGCAGGGGGAGCUCGGCGGGAUCAUGGGUCAGGAGCCUGAGAACAAGGGUGAUCAUUCAAAGGUACGAAUAUACACUGCUCCUUGCAUGAUUCAAGAGCAUCAGGAGACCCUGAAACGACUGUCUGAGGUCUGGCAAAAGGUCUCUGAACAGGAUGAUCUCAUUCAAGAACUUCGAAAUAAGCUGGCCUGCAGUAAUGCUUUGGUUCUGGAGCGUGAAGAGGCUUUGAUAAAACUACAAGCCGACUUUGCUUCCUAUACAGCUACCCACAGAUACCCUCCUAGCUCCUCAGAAGAGUGUGAAGACAUCAAAAAGAUACUGAAGCACUUGCAGGAGCAGAAAGACAGCCAGUGCCUGCAUGUGGAGGAGUACCAGAACCUGGUGAAGGAUCUGCGCAUGGAACUAGAGGUCGUGUCGGAACAGAAGAAAAACAUCAUGAAGGACAUGAUGAAGCUGGAGCUGGACCUGCACCGACUGCGGGAGGAGACAUCUGCCCACAUUGAGAGGAAGGAUAAGGACAUCGCCAUCCUGCAGUGCCGGCUGCAGGAGCUGCAGCUGGAGUUCACCGAGACCCAAAAGCUUGCUUUGAAGAAAGACAAGUUCCUCCAAGAGAAAGAUGAGAUGCUGCAUGAGCUGCAGAAGAAACUGACACAGGCUCAGAACAGCUUCCUGAAAAAGGAGAAGGAGCUGGAGAAGCAGCAGUGCAUGGCCACAGAACUUGAAAUGACGGUCAAGGAGGCUAAGCAGGACAAGUCCAAGGAGGUGGAAUGCGAGGCCCUACAGGCUGAGGUCCAGAAGCUGAAGAACAGUCUCGAAGAAGCCAAGCAGCAGCAGAGGCUGGCUGCUCAGCAAGCAGCCCAGAGCAAAGAAGAGGCUGUGCUGGCAGGCUGUCACCUGGAGGACACCCAGAGGAAACUGCAGAACGGCCUCCUCCUGGACAAGCAGAAGGCAGACACCAUCCAGGAACUACAGCAAGAACUUCAGAAGCUGCAGAAGGAGUCUUCGAUGGCUGAGAAGGAACAAACCUGCAACAGAAAACGGGUGGAGGAGCUGUCAUCAGAACUCUCUGAAGCCCUGAGGAAGCUUGAAAAUUCAGACAAGGAAAAGAGGCAGCUUCAGAAGACAGUGGCUGAGCAGGAUAUGAAAAUGAAUGACAUGCUCGAUCGUAUCAAGCUCAUUCAGCACCAGCACAGGGAGCAAGAAUCCACCAAAUGCAAGUUAGAAGAUGAUCUUCAGGAGGCCACAAAGCUACUGGAGGACAAACGGGAGCAGUUGAAGAAGAGCAAAGACCGUGAGAAGCUGAUGGAGGAAGAACUUGAAGCUCUGCGGCAGGAAUUUAAAAAGAAAGACAAGACGUUGAAAGAGAAUUCCAGAAAGUUGGAGGAAGAAAAUGAGAAUCUCCGAGAAGAGUUACAGUGUUGUUCUACACAACUGGAAUCCUCUGUCAACAAAUACAACACCAGCCAACAGGUCAUCCAAGACUUGAAUAAAGAGAUAGCCCUUCAGAAGGAGUCCUUAAUGAGCCUGCAGGCCCAGCUGGACAAAGCUCUGCAGAAGGAGAAGCACUAUCUCCAGACCACCAUCACCAAAGAAGCCUAUGAUGCAUUAUCCCGGAAGUCAGCCGCCUGCCAGGACGACCUGACCCAAGCCCUCGAGAAGCUCAAUCAUGUGACCUCGGAGACAAAGAGCCUGCAGCGAAGCUUGACACAGACCCAAGAGAAGAAAGCUCAGCUGGAAGAGGAAAUCAUUGCUUAUGAGGAAAGGAUGAAAAAGCUCAAUAUGGAAUUAAAAAAACUGCGGGGCUUCCACCAGGAGAGUGAGCUGGAGGUGCACGCCUUCGACAAGAAGCUAGAGGAGAUGAGCUGUCAGGUGCUGCAGUGGCAGAAGCAACACCAGAAUGACCUCAAGAUGCUGGCAGCCAAAGAGGAGCAGCUCAGGGAGUUCCAGGAGGAGAUGGCCGCCCUGAAAGAGAACCUCCUUGAGGACGAUAAGGAGCCCUGCUGCCUGCCCCAGCGGUCUGUACCCAAAGACACCUGUAGCCUCUACCGAGAGAACGAUCAGAUUAUGACCAGCUUGGAGCAAUGGGCGAAACAGCAGAAGGUCGCCAAUGAGAAACUGGGAAACAAGCUCCGAGAGCAGGUGAAAUACAUCGCCAAGCUGAGUGGUGAAAAGGACAGGGAACCAAGCAGAGCCAGCAGCCCCAACACAACCCGUCCUUCCUCUCCUUCCCACAGCCACCUCCACAAUGUAAUGGUCCACCUGCAGCAGGAAAACAAGAAGCUGAAGAAGGAAAUAGAAGAUAAGAAGACGAAAGCUGAGAACACAAGGCUAUGCACCAAAGCCCUAGGCCCGAGCAAAACAGAGUCCACACAGAGAGGGAAAGUGUGUGGCGCCUUGGGCUGGAAGGGGUUGCCCCAGGAUGGGGGUCAAAGAAUGGACCUCACCAAGUACAUCGGGAUGCCCCAUUGCCCGGAAAUAGGAAAACUCAACCUAAAACUCACAUGGAAUCUUAAGGGAUCCCAAUAGCCAAAACAGUCUCAAAAAAGAAGAACAAAGCUGAAGAACUUACUGAUUUCAAAACUUACUACAAACCUGCAGUAAUCAAAAUAGUGUGGUACUGCCACAUAAAUCAAAAGACAGACAUACAAACCAGUGGAAUAGACUAGGAAGAAUCCCAGAAAUAAACCCUCACAUAUAUGGUCAAAUAAUUUUGACAAGGAUGCUGAGACUAUGAAAUGGGGAAAGGAUAGUUUUUUAUUUUGUUUUCCAACAAAUGGUGCUGGGAAAACAGAAUAUUUGCAUGCAAAAGAAUAAGGCUGUGCCCUUACCUAAUACCAUAUACAAAAAUUAACUCAAAAUGAAUCACAGACCUAAAUGUA